UUCCCUCCUAGCACCAAGACCUUCCAGGAGGCACAGAGCCAGCUGAACCGGGCAGCCGCGGGGCUCAACCAGUCUGCCAACGAGCUGGUGCAAGCAUCGCGUGGCACCCCUCAAGACCUGGCCAAGUCCUCUGGCAAAUUUGGUCAGGACUUCAAUGAGUUCCUGCAAGCAGGAGUGGAGAUGGCCAGCCAGUCCCCGAAUAAAGAAGACCAGGCACAGGUGGUGUCAAACUUGAAGAGCAUCUCCAUGUCCUCCAGUAAGCUACUGCUGGCUGCAAAGGCACUCUCUGCCGACCCUGCAGCCCCCAACCUCAAGAAUCAACUGGCAGCAGCGGCACGGGCUGUGACCGACAGCAUUAACCAGCUGAUCACUAUGUGCACCCAGCAGGCGCCGGGCCAGAAGGAGUGCGACAAUGCCCUGCGGGAGCUGGAGACAGUGAAGGAGCUGUUGGAGAAUCCCACCCAGACUGUCAACGACAUGUCCUACUUCAACUGCCUUGACAGUGUCAUGGAGAACUCCAAGGUGCUGGGUGAGUCCAUGGCUGGCAUCUCCCAGAACGCCAAGAACAGCAAACUGCCCGAGUUCGGUGACUCCAUCAGUGCCGCCUCCAAAGCUCUCUGCGGGCUGACGGAGGCAGCUGCCCAGGCUGCCUACCUCGUGGGGGUCUCGGACCCCAACAGCCAGGCUGGACAGCAGGGCUUGGUAGACCCCACUCAGUUUGCCAGAGCUAACCAAGCUAUCCAGAUGGCCUGCCAGAACCUGGUGGACCCUGCCUGCACCCAGUCCCAGGUGCUGUCAGCAGCCACCAUCGUAGCGAAGCACACCUCGGCCCUGUGCAACACGUGCCGCCUGGCCUCCUCCCGCACCGCCAACCCUGUGGCCAAGCGCCAGUUCGUCCAGUCAGCUAAAGAGGUGGCCAACAGCACAGCCAACCUGGUGAAGACCAUCAAGGCCCUGGAUGGCGAGUUCAACGAGGAAAACCGGGAGCGAUGUCGCGCUGCCACUGCCCCUCUCAUAGAGGCUGUGGAUAAUCUGACGGCCUUCGCCUCCAACCCAGAGUUUGCCACCGUUCCUGCCCAGAUCAGCCCAGAGGGGCGCAGAGCCAUGGAGCCCAUCGUCUCUUCAGCCAAGACCAUGCUGGAGAGCUCUGCUGGCCUCAUCCAGACCGCCCGCUCUCUGGCUGUCAACCCCAGGGACCCACCGCAGUGGUCAGUGCUGGCUGGCCACUCUCGCACUGUUUCAGACUCCAUCAAGAAGCUCAUCACCAACAUGAGGGACAAAGCUCCAGGACAGCGGGAGUGUGACGAGGCCAUCGAAGUCUUGAACAGAUGCAUGCGGGAGGUGGACCAGGCCUCCCUCGCUGCCAUCAGCCAGCAGCUGGCCCCCCGAGAAGAUAUCUCCCAGGAGGCUUUGCACAACCAGAUGAUCACGGCUGUCCAGGAGAUCAGCAACCUGAUUGAGCCUGUGGCCAGUGCAGCACGGGCAGAGGCCUCGCAGCUGGGGCACAAGGUGUCCCAGAUGGCUCAGUACUUUGAGCCGCUCAUUAUGGCAGCUAUUGGUGCUGCCUCCAAAACGCCCAACCACCAGCAGCAGAUGAACCUCCUGGACCAGACCAAAACGCUGGCUGAGUCCGCCUUGCAGAUGCUGUACACGGCCAAGGAGGCUGGCGGGAAUCCCAAGCAAGCUGCCCACACCCAGGAGGCUCUGGAGGAGGCUGUGCAGAUGAUGAAGGAAGCUGUGGAGGACCUGACCACCACCCUGAAUGAGGCAGCCAGCGCUGCAGGUGUUGUGGGAGGCAUGGUGGACUCCAUCACCCAGGCCAUCAACCAGCUGGAUGAGGGGCCGAUGGGUGAGCCAGAGGGGACCUUUGUGGACUACCAGACCACGAUGGUGAAGACAGCCAAGGCCAUCGCAGUGACCGUGCAGGAGAUGGUCACCAAAUCCACCACCAACCCGGACGAGCUGGGCAUACUGGCCAACCAGCUCACCAACGACUAUGGGCAGCUGGCGCAAGAGGCCAAGCCAGCUGCCCUCACUGCCGAGAAUGAGGAGAUCGGCUCCCACAUCAAGCGCCGGGUGCAGGAGCUGGGUCACGGCUGCGCCGCCCUGGUCACCAAGGCUGGAGCCUUGCAGUGCAGCCCCAGUGAUGCCUACACCAAGAAGGAGCUGAUAGAGAGUGCACGCAAGGUUUCCGAGAAGGUGUCUCACGUGCUGGCAGCCCUUCAAGCUGGGAACCGUGGGACGCAAGCCUGCAUCACAGCAGCCAGCGCUGUCUCUGGCAUCAUUGCUGACCUCGACACCACCAUCAUGUUUGCCACGGCAGGAACCCUCAACCGAGAGAACUCGGAGACCUUUGCUGACCACAGGGAAGGCAUCUUGAAGACAGCCAAGGCACUGGUGGAGGACACCAAGGUGUUAGUGCAGAACGCCACAGCCAGCCAGGAGAAGCUGGCCCAGGCUGCCCAGUCCUCUGUGUCCACCAUCACCCGCCUGGCAGAGGUGGUGAAGCUGGGUGCUGCCAGUCUGGGAUCUGAAGACCCGGAGACUCAGGUGGUCCUGAUCAAUGCUGUGAAGGAUGUGGCAAAGGCACUUGGAGACCUCAUCGGUGCCACCAAGGCAGCUGCUGGCAAAGCUGGGGAUGACCCUGCUGUCUACCAGCUGAAGAACUCUGCCAAGGUGAUGGUGACGAAUGUCACUUCCUUGCUGAAGACGGUAAAGGCUGUUGAGGACGAGGCCACAAAGGGGACGCGAGCACUGGAGGCCACAAUAGAGCACAUACGCCAAGAGCUGGCGGUCUUCUCUUCCCCCCUGCCUCCCGCCAAGGUCUCCACCCCAUGUCGGCAGGAGGAUGUCAUUGCCACAGCCAACCUGAGCCGCCGUGCCAUCGCAGAUAUGCUGCGCGCCUGCAAGGAAGCCGCCUACCACCCGGAGGUGAGCGGGGAUGUGCGGCAGCGGGCGCUGCGCUUUGGCAAGGAGUGUGCCGAUGGCUACCUGGAGCUGCUGGAGCACGUGCUGGUGCCGAUCCUGCAGAAGCCGACUCACGAGCUGAAGCAGCAGCUGGCAGGAUACUCCAAGCGUGUGGCCAGCUCCGUCACCGAGCUUAUCCAGGCAGCUGAGGCCAUGAAAGGGACAGAGUGGGUUGACCCAGAAGACCCCACCGUCAUCGCUGAGAACGAGCUGCUGGGGGCAGCGGCUGCGAUUGAGGCUGCAGCCAAGAAGCUGGAGCAGCUGAAACCAAGAGCCAAGCCCAAGCAAGCAGAUGAGAGCCUGAACUUUGAGGAGCAGAUCCUGGAAGCUGCCAAAUCCAUUGCUGCCGCCACAAGUGCUCUGGUGAAGGCAGCCUCAGCAGCCCAGCGAGAAUUAGUGGCCCAAGGAAAGGUGGGUGCCAUCCCAGCCAACGCAGUGGAUGAUGGACAGUGGUCCCAGGGACUCAUUUCAGCC